AGAGAAUCUAGAUGGUGACGAUACGAGCAAAAUGGUAGAUGUGUGUUUAAAAGUCGCUACAAUAUUCACGUUUAUUACGAUAUGUAAUGGUAUAUAUUUUUACGAUGAUUUUGUUGAAGACGGUUUCAGUCACCAAAACAAUUUUAAAAUUAGCCCAGCAAGAACUCCGCAGCAUAAAAAUUUGAAGAAUAUUGCAGCCGAAAAUCAGAUUUUGCGUUUUAAAAAAUACCUAAAAGACUACGAUUACGAUUCUCAAGAGAUGUUCGAAGACACAAACAAACAAAAUGAUAACAAACCCUCUAAAGUGACUGUAAAACCCUUUAAAAGUACAGAAAAUAGCAAAAAUAGAAAAAAUUCCACAAUUCGUUACCAGUAUUUUGAAGUGGUACCAGCUGUAAAUUAUAGCAGGCAUAAGAAUAUAAGAGAUUCGUUAUGGUAUACGAUAGAAAAUACUCCAUGCUUUAAUUUACCUCUUUUGUAUGGACACGUUUAUCCAGAGAAAUUCAAUAGGAAUGUCUUCUCUAUGUACCAGAACACGAUCGAUUACGUCGAGGAGCCUAUGCAAUAUUAUAGCGGUGAUUUUACAAAUAUGACCCAUAAAAUAACGCAGAUGAGACAUAAAAGUAAUAGAUGGUGCGAGAACGUUCCCUGCUUCGCGGACCAUACGCUGUGUAUGUUCCCUAAAUAUAAGAUGCCAAUCUGCGGGAACAGAUACAAAGUAAAGAAACCGAAUGCUCUGGAACGAGUCGGUAUUAUAAACACGAUCAACUCUAUGCGCAACAAGCUAGCGAACGGUCACUCUAUAAGGUACAGGCACUUGCCGACGGCGGCUAACAUGCAAAGAGUCUUGUACGAUCGGGAUUUGGAGAGGAUGGCCGAGCGAUGGCUACUUCAAUGCGUCGCCGGCCCCGCGCCCUGCGCCUCCCUCGAUGGUCAAAUGGUAGCCGAACUGGAGUGCACCAAGUACGCAAAAGACUGCUGUUUCAAAACAGAUCCAUCAUCAAAGUGCAAGGCUAAAGACGAGUGCUACCUGUUUUCUGUAAUGGGUUGUCUGUAUAUCUGGUACUGGGCGGCCGGGGACAAGUUGUCUCGUACAGACGUGACCUGCGGCAGAGCGACCCCCUUCACAUAUUCGACUGUGCAAUUAUUCUGGGCCAAGACCAGCAAAAUAGGAUGCGCUUACGCCGUUCUAGAAAACGGUGACGAGCGAGUCAUCUGUAAUUUCUCACCGAGCUCAUCAUUUUCUAUCGAGUCCAGGUUGUACUGCGGUAUCCUCCUGUACCACGACAAUAAAACAUUUGUAGGUAUAACUCAGGAUCUUUUCUCGACUAUUCUACGGCUGCACUGGAGGUACAGUAAGAACGACUACACCUUUUCGCUCCUGAAACUGAGAAGCAACGCUUCGAUAGCGGACCCCACGUACUGGAAGAGAAAAAAGUACGAUACGAUCAAAAACUUCGUUUCGCUGUUCAAGCACGAGAAGGCUAGGGAGUAUUACGGCGAUUGGACCAACGGGACCAGGAGCUGGAUGUCGGUGCAAGUGGCGAAGCACAAGUUCGUGGGCAAGAGCGGGCCGAGGUGUGAGUCGGGGGAGCGGGUGUACCGGGCCGGCAAGCCGGGCUCCCUGUGCGACGAGCACGGCCGCCUUUACUACAGCCUGUGCGACGCCUUCCAAGACCCCACGCCCGGCUACAGGCUGAUCACGUUGGUGGCAGCCAUUGUGCUUUUCUCGUUGGUAUUAUGCGACUUAUUUAGCGGAGUGGUCAGACAAAAUAACUUUUAGGUAAACGACGUAAGUAUCUGUUGUUGAUUGCCUUGGAAAUGGUCGAAACAAAAAUCACGAAUUUAAAAACCACAUGAGUAAUAACAUCUGGUUUUCAAAGCUAAUUUACAUCAUGAUACAUUUGAACAGUUGAUUCAUAGAAAUGAAUCAUAUUGUUUUUAUAUUGUUCCAGCAUCAAAUAUUAUAAUGAUGUUUUUCAUGUAGUUAAAGUAUAUAAGGUAGAGUGUUGAAUAAAAUAUUUUAUUAAGUGUAAAGGAAAUUUUCUUUGUGCAAAAUUUCUGCGGUGGUUAUUUGUAAUAGACGCGAUUGCGUGGGACUCCAUGAGUCAUGCAGACGAGGACGUUAACUCAUCAGUCAUCGAUCGUUAUCGUACAAUAUUGAAGGAAACCUCCUGUUAUUGUGAAUUGAAGUUGGAGCAAUUAGCUACGCAGUUUGCUACUGUAACUCUGACUAUGAAUAUAUGACCUUGAUUUUGAAAAGGUGCGUAUUAUAACAAUCUUUCUCCUUUGUGAUGGCCAUUCAGAUUUCAGCGGUAUUACUUAAACCAAGCUAUAUAAUAU